AUGCGCUUGACCAGGGGUCUAUUGCUCUCACUGGGGCUGUUCGGGCGGGGCUGCGCUUCCGUGCAGGAUGCUCAGGGGCUUGAGUUUGCAGACGCCGCCGCCUUCUGUGACUUCCACUGCUCCCCAGUCCUGCUGUCGCAGACGUCACAGUGCUCGUCGGCGCUUUGUGGUCGUCGCCGGCGCGUCCUGGAGGAGUCUGACGCAGGUAAUGACAAGCAACAGAUUGACGUGCUCUCAUGCCGCGACGUAGAGCAGAACGCGUCGACGCUGGCGUUCUCACUGACUCUGUCGACCGCGGACAGCGCGCAGGUGUUUCAGGGCUUCCACGACGCCUUCUUCCAGGCGUAUGACGCCAUGUUGGGCGGCGACAGCGUCACAUCUGACGCCUGUCAACUGGCAUUUCUUCAGGACAAAUUGCUACCUACUGUGCAGGAUGACAACUCUGAACAGGAGGAGAAGGCGGAGCGCAAACCGAGACUGGUGAAACUGGUCACAGGUCAGAAAGAAGACCACGACAGAGCGUGUAUUGUAUCGAUCAAGAAAUUGUGUGGACAGGAUGAGGAGCAGGAGAUGCCGUUGUUGACUAGGAGAGGAGACAGUUUGGGGGAGAACACGGUACUAUUAGUACAUACAAAGGAGUCGGUGGCAGAGCAGAUCCGAGUUUUAGAGUGUGUAGAUAAAGUGUUGGAUCUGCCGGAGAUUUUGAAGCUCAUGCCAUUCGCCCGGAGUGCUGCACAGCUCAGCUACAGGAUGGCUCAGGGGAAUUCAACGUCCAUUGCGGCGCCUGCCAUGGAAAUUAGACUGGUUGAGGGGGCGAACCAACAGACUGUGCUGGCUUCAUUAGAACACCGAGCGAGCGAGCUUGUUGGACUGAUGAAUGUGUUUGAAACGAGUGAUCUCCAGCCAAGAUCAAUCUUCACGAAACCACUACAGGAUCUGAGGACGUGGACGAAUAUUGUGGCACUUGUAGUGGUUGAGAGCUCUGUCGAGUGGAUGGACGAACGACAUGAGAUCACACAGAAUUUGUUACGAGGUGAAGAACAGGAGCGAUGGACACGGAUGCAGAGUCAUCGACGACUUGAUGCUUACGUGCCAAGUCUUGUGGGGGUUGAUUCGGCUAGAGAGGCCGGUAUUCGAGGAAAUGACGUUGUUGUGGGCAUCACGGAUACUGGGUUGUAUCUGUACCACGACCAGUUCGAUCAAGAUGACCGCGAUAUUUUCUCCAGUAUUAAGCUAUCGGCUCGCAAGGUUGUCAUGUACAAUGGCUGGGCAAAUAAAGCCGAUGAAGCCGAGACCAUCACUUGUGGUCAUGGCACUCACGUCGCUGGACUUCUGGCAGGCAGCUCGUUUAGUGGCAAACAUGACAAUCUUGGCAUCGCUGACAAGGCACGGAUAGCAUUUAUGGACAUCGGAACGCAGAGUGAGACCUGCACAGGUCAACUUAAUUGUGCCGUGUCGUUGGCCACACCUGCAGACGCCAGCGACUUGCUUGAGAGUCAAAUUGACGCUGGUGCCAAGAUCUUCUCGUUCUCGUGGGGUACACCUGGGUCAGAUUACAGUUCACAAGCCAGAGAUUUGGAUGCUUUUAUUUAUGAAAACCCAGACGUACUGGUGGUUGUGGCGGCAGGCAACAGUGGAGAGUCCUCGAUCACUGGUCAGCGUACCAUUUCAUCACCAUCUGGGGCCAAGAACGUUAUCUCAGUUGGCGCUUCACUCAAUUCUGCAGCUUCUUUCACGGAUUAUGGAUGCCCCGAUAUCUUUAACGAGCACACAGUGGCAUCGUUUUCCUCUGCCGGGCCCACAACGGAUGGGAGGUUGAAGCCUGAUGUUGUUGCACCCGGUAUGAGUCUUUUAUCAAGUCAGUCAGAGGCACCGGGGUCUACUAGAGAGAGUUCGGCCACGUGCUCACUCCAGGGCACGUCACAGGCCACGCCGGUGAUCACUGGUGUCGCUGUACUUCUUUAUGAAUGGCUACGCGACGGAUGGUGGAAGAACGGCACCAAGAACGCAGCGUACGCCAUGAAAACUGUACCUGCUUCGCUGCUCAAGGCGCUGAUUAUUCAUAGUGGAGACUCCCUGCAACAGCGAAUGGCUACACUACCCGCAAGUGGCGUCGUCUCCUGCUCGAGCUUGGCUUCCGACGCAACCGAUGUAAAAUUCCCAGAUGUAUACCAGGGCUACGGCAAGCCGAAUCUUACCAACAUUGUGGAUUUCUCUGCUGUGAGCGGGAAUAGCAGCGGCAACAGCAGUGAUGACCUACCAUCUUUGUAUUUCUUACCAAACUCGACAGAAAACAGCGAGCCGGCCGUUGCCCACAACGGCGAGAUGGUGAUUUCGUUUACAGUCGCUCGUGAUGUGGAUUUACGCGCAACGCUCGUGUGGACGGACCCUCCAGGAUCAACCCAGGCGACGUCACAACUGCAGCACGAUCUAGACCUUAUUGUUCGUGUUCGCAAUGGCAAUCAGACAGACCCGCUGUAUGUUGAAGCCCCACUGCUACCGUAUUAUGCAGGUGCAGCGUCGCCUAAGUCGUCGUCAUCUUCGCGUAUCCGUCGCUGGAAGCGUCUGCUGUUGCUGGGCUGUAUUCUGUACGUGUCGCUCUUGUUUGUCUGGUUUGGCUUCAUGAAAGCAAGGAAAGGCGGCGAAAUUUUCGGAGGACCACUAGACAAUUUCAUAUCGAUCGCCAAUCUGGAUGAGAACAAGAUAAAUUAUUUACACGCACACGAGGACCGUGAACUCCGGACGGAUUUCGUAUUUGCAGAGCUGGAGAUGGAAUUUUUGCACAAGAUUAACGCGUCAGUUGAAAGGGACGAAGCAGCAAUUUUAGAGGCUGAAGCUCAUGCAAAGACCCUAAAGCCGUUCCCGGUAUGGGAGACGAAGCUCAGGAGAUUGCGAUGUAUUGGCUGGAGUGCGACGGACAACUGCAGCCCUGAUGGAUCGAGAAUACCCAGUCUCGAUGAACCCUGCAAUAAGGUAAUCCCUUUUGGUGCGUCGGGCUACUGCGAGGUGCAAGACAAGGAUACACGGGAGAGAUUCCGUGUGAUGCAGCGAUACUGCUCCAGUGUGCGGGAUGUGGGGAAGUUUCGCUGCUCCGAGGCGUGGGAUUUUGCUCUUUUCCCGCAGAAAGCUCGCGAGGCAGCGAGGAAGGCGCAGAAUCGCAAUUUCAAGCUGCCAAAUAUUGCACCAAAACCCAGUCAUCAACAGGAACCACGAGACGGUAUCGUUAUGGUGGUGUAUCCGAAGUUGCUCGCUAGUGCCUACGCAACAAUACGAGCGUUGCGGGAGCUGCUCGGCUGCUGCUUGCCUAUCGAGUUGUGGUUUCGACCGCAAGAAAUGAAAUUAUUUCCAGAGGCGUUUACACAACUCCAAGAAUGGUCAAGUCAAAACAAUGGUAGCAUCACAUUUCGAGAGAUCGGCGAGCCAGGAGUGGUGGGCUUUGCUACCAAAGUAUUCGCCAUUUACCACAGCUUCUUCGAGCGCUUGUUGUUUCUUGACGCUGAUAAUGUACCGGUGCGGGAUCCGAGUUUCCUGUUUGAAUCGCCUGAGUUUAAAGAAAGUGGUGCAGUGUUUUGGCCGGACUUCUGGCAUCCAGGCAAGACCAUCUUCAAUAUUCAGCCGCACUCGCUCAUAUGGGAGCUACUGGACUUGCCGUUCAUCAGCAUGUUUGAGCAGGAGAGUGGUCAGCUACUGGUCGACCGACGGAGACACUCAGCACCACUGGAACUUGUGAAGUUCUACACUUUUCAUCGACCGAAUCACUUCGACAAAAUGAAGUUGGCGCAUGGAGACAAGGACCUUUUUCGGUUCGCGUGGCUUAAACUCGGUGCUUCUUUCCACAUGAUUGAGUCGCCGCCUGCCGUCGCUGGUAAAGUUGUGAAUCGGAGUUUCUGUGGCAUGACAAUGGUGCAACACGAUGCACAGGGCGACGUUCUCUUUCUCCAUCGCAAUUCGCAUAAACUCAUGGGCACUCCACGACGGAAGGCGGUCAACAUGAAAGCCGCAGCCAUUCGCAGGGCACGCAACAAGCGGCUGCGCAUGAAGAUGGCUGAAGCAGAUCGUAUCACGCGCGGUGAUACAGAGGCUGAACUUGAGGAUACUCCAUCACCGACCUUGGAAGCGCCCGAGCCUGAUGGUUAUCCUGACAUGGUGAUCUGGACGCACUUAGUUUCUCUUAAAAACACCUCACGUCGAUCAGACUACCGAAUCCGGACGUAUGAGGCAUUUCCAGACUUCGAGAACGGCCAGAAUUGCUACGGCCAGCGCUAUCUGACUCAGAGCAUUCACUUCGUCACACAAGAGUUUGCCAACCUCAGUUACGCUGGACUGGAGACGGAGCUGCGGCGGUUCGCACAGGAAGGUGCUCGCUUUUACGAGCAGGCUGGAAUUACGAUACGAUAGCUAUUGAAUAAGCAGCGUCUAGUAUCGUGUCCAAACCGCUCACGUCACGGUCAGUGUCAUCAAGCUGCUGGAUCUUUGCAAUAAAAACAUCACAAAUAUGCAUGCCCUUCUUAUAUAGGAUCUUAGAUUACAGGGAGUUGUUGUUGGUGAAGAGGUCAGUGCUGCAGUCUACCAAGAGCAACGCCCGGCUCAAUCGAGCUGAUAGAAAAUAGAGACCAUUUGGAU